AUGGGAAGUGAUUUGGACAGACAAAUUGAACAACUGAAUCGGUGUGAGCCGAUUUCAGAGGAAGAGGUCAAGCGGCUAUGUAUCAAAGCCCGAGAGAUACUCAUAGAAGAGGCGAACGUGCAGGUUAUCGACUCCCCCGUUACGAUAUGUGGGGACAUUCACGGACAGUUCUGGGACAUGGUCGAGCUGUUCAAGGUCGGCGGGUCGUGCCCCGACACGAACUAUCUCUUCAUGGGGGACUUCGUCGACCGAGGGUUCUACAGCGUGGAGACCUUCCUACUCCUGCUGGCACUGAAGGUGCGCUACCCGGAACGCAUCACGUUGAUUCGCGGCAACCAUGAGUCGCGUCAAAUAACUCAAGUGUACGGCUUCUACGAAGAGUGCCAGCGAAAGUACGGCAGCAGCAACGUGUGGCGGUGGUGUUGCGAGGUCUUCGAUUAUCUCGCGCUGGGCGCCAUCGUCGACGGGCGGGUGUUUUGCGUGCAUGGCGGGCUGAGCCCCAAUUUACAAACCAUCGACCAGAUUCGUGCAAUCGACAGAAAGCAGGAAGUCCCCCACGACGGCCCAAUGUGCGAUCUUCUCUGGUCAGAUCCUGACGAUAUCAAUGGAUGGGGCCUCUCUCCGCGCGGUGCUGGCUUCCUCUUCGGCGCGGACAUCACGAAGAUGUUUGCGCACCAUAACGCUAUUGAUUUGAUAGCGAGAGCGCACCAACUCGCGAUGGAAGGUUACAAGCUGAUGUUCGACAAGACGAUUGUGACCGUCUGGAGCGCUCCGAAUUACUGUUAUCGGUGCGGGAACGUCGCGUCCAUCUUGGAAUUGGACGAACAUCUUGGCCAGGAAUACAAGGUGUUUUCGCACGCGCCUUCGGAUGUAAAAUCAAUACCUGCGAAACGGCCACCGGCCGACUAUUUCCUGUAG